CAAGGUGUUGGUGUAGAAUUAGAAUCUAAAACUGUGCUUUAACAAGAGAGAUAUACAUGUGUUUGAAAGCGAUUUAGUCAUGACAGAUUAAGAUUUUCUGACAUUUUUUGGAUGAUUCGUUAGCCAGCAAGUGUUAUCGUUUUGUUUAUCGGCGAGUACAAGCGGUACAUGAUGGCAAGCCAUAACUGUGUUCAUGGGCACGCCAGGAUUCCAAGACACACUGCUGUACAACAAUGUGAACGAUUCAGAAGAGGCAAACAAAAUAUAAAUAGGGUUGAGCAACGGUUAGUGCAGCCUGUUCCGAAAAUGCCAAAUUUCGUUCUUCAUCAUAAUGGAAAAGUAUACAACCUGCGCCCGCGGGGUGCUAUAUCCAUGCAUGCGAGUCAAUGGCGCCAUGGGAAUUGUAAGUGCCCGGUUAAUCCAGCCAGGACGCACUACGCUCGGCCCUCUAAUAGAGAAGCGCCCGUCAGCCGCUCCGACGCUUGUCAUAACUCCAAGUUCGCCGCCGGUAGAGGCUUACCGAUGCAGGUUGUUAAGAUCGAGUCAGACGCCACUUCUCUGCCGGAAAACGGCGAUCUGAAGCUGGUCAGAUUCCAACGUCGGGCUCGUUUUCUCCGACAGAAUAGCGACGAAGUUUGCUGGAGAAAUUUACAAGAACAACGACAAUUGCAACGAGCUCAAAAUCUGCGAGCUCGAACUUUUCGCAGGGCGAAGAGCGAAUCAAGUAGUGAACCUGUUUCUCAUGUCGGGGUGAUUCCCGCAACACGUCGGUGCAGACCUUCAAAGAAAGAAAGAGCAGAACAGCGAUCUUUCCGCUUAAAACGCUGGACCCAAACUCCUGACGAUUCCAGCUUUGCCUCCAUUCUGGAUGCUUCGAUUCCAGGCAGUAAAACUUCGACCCAGUCUUCCGAGUGGUUUGAAUCUUCAUCGUUUGGUGUGGAACUGUCCGACAGAAAAGGCGUUGAAGCAGUUGUGAGAGCAAGGAACAACGUGGCUAAGAUAGCCGCGGCAAUGGCAGCAAUGUCACAAGUUGCGAACAAAUCGAAAAUAAAGAAAUCGGACAGCGGCGUUUGGUGCGAAAAAUCCCCUGAAGCUGAGCAGAACACGGGUUCGAAUACAGCAGCUCAAACUGUAUCUGAGGGAGCUGAAUUAAAGCAGGUUUUAACGCCUCCGAAAGACCAACCAAACACUUGUAAUUCAAACACACUGCAGCAGACUGAAGAUCACAUAACGACAUCAGUGACGGAGGUUAAAACAGUGGCAAUGGAGAACUCAGAAGAUUUGAAUUCUGUAAGAACCGACAUCGAGACGACGGCGCCUUGUUGUCCAUGUUGUAAAACGCAAAUCAGUGAACCAGCAGUCAAUCAUGCAGCAAGCAGUCCACCAAGUUCGAAAGUUGCACAAAAUCUUUCGAUUAUUGAAACUGAUGCACACACACAAAUCCCAACGACAUCCCGUUAUACAACAAUAUGCGAUAAGUCAAGUUCAACCAGCGAGUUUCAGCGCCACCAAGCGACGAGUAAUGGAGCCAUUCAUAGAAAUCAAGUCGACCAUUUUCGAAAUGAUGUAACUACAGUUAGGCCUGACUACGCGACGACUAACUUUCGGUCCCAAACAGGCAACGUUACAGAUCAAACCGCUUACGCCGUGGAAAGACAUACGACUGAAAGAGGAUAUGGUGUAACAAACACAUAUGAUAAAAGGCAUCAUUUCCAAAACGUCAACCGACCUCCACCACCAGUGCCGUACUGUGACAGUCACAUGAGUGCCCUUGCUCGAAUAUGUGGGUGUUGCGGCGACGACGAGUAUUCACAAAACUCAGCUUCAAAGGCAUAUUCCUAUUACCCGUACGGUACGGGGGGUUUCACUCCAUUAGUGAGCCCAGCUUUCCCUCAAAUCCCUGGGAAUGCUCAAAUGUGCGACUGUGACUGUCCAGAAUGUGUCAAGUACCUUCGGAGGCUCAAAGAUUACCAGAAGAUGAAAGGAUUAAAAGGCCUCACAUCCACACAACAACCUAUCUCACGAUCCAAUCGUAAGUUUACAGUUUCGCAUGGAACUGAAACUGGCAGUUUUGGAACAACUUUCACAAAUUACUCCGGAGUCUUUGGGACACUUUUUCUCUGUUUCCGUUGUUUUGAUGGCAAAGACAGCGAUACCUUGAGUUCCGGUGGAUCAGAUACUGGAAACGAUAGUGGCGACGACGGCGAAGAAGAAGGGGAAGGAUAUGUGGAACACGGUGAUGGGGUAAGUGUGGAUGGAGAUUCGGAUGGCGGAGACUCUGGGAGCGAUUCUGGUGGUGAAGUUAGUAUGAACAGUGCAGAAUUAUUUGAUGAUGCAAACAACAUGUUUGAUAUCAAAACUGCUCUCGGAGAAGGAGAAGAUUCAGAUGGAGGACCCGGUUCCAACGGAUCAGAUUGCUCCGACUCACUAACUGAACUCCGCUCCCGGAGCAAAAAAGGGUCCGGGAGCUCGGAUGAAGGGGAAGAGGAAUCAGAGAUGACACAAGAUGAGGAUGACUUUAUGGACUCGUGGGAAUCACUUGCUAUAUUGGAACGAGAAUAAGGAUUGUCCAGUAACUGCAGGACAUUGAAAUCUGAUGUUUUCAGUUUAAAGUUCAUGAUAAUUUUUCGUGUCAGCAUAAUACAUGAAAUAUUUGUUCGUGUUAUGAGGUACGCUACUUUUAACUUUUAGAAAAAUUACAUCGGUGCUUUUAUCAUGUUGCAGCAUUUCUCCGAAUCUGUAUUUCCACUAUUGCAGUUAACGAAGUAACUCCUUCAAAAUAAUUUAAGUUUUACUUGUUUUGCAAAUAUACGUGAAGUAAUAAAAACUGCAUUAUAUGCGAAAUUUGCUAAAAUAAAGAUAUUUUAAUGAAAUA